UCUCUCCACCCUCACCUUCAAAUUCCCCCUCUCUUCUUCUCUCUAAACCUUCAACAAUGGGUAAAAUGGGUAAGCAAGACUUGCCUAAGUAUCAGAGUUGUCUUCUCAAAGUGAAUAUCCACUGCGAGGGCUGUGAGCACAAAGUUAGGAAACUGCUCCAGAAAACUGAUGGGGUUUAUUCUGUGAACAUAGAUGCGGAUUCAGGAAAGGUGCUGGUGGCAGGCAACAUGGAUCCAGCGAAACUCAUAAAGAAGCUCAAGAGGUCCGGCAAACAUGCUGAGUUAUGGGGUGGCCAGAGAGGCAACAUGUACAAUCAAAACUACCCACCCAUUAACCAGUUCAAAAACAUGCAAAUUGACCCUACCAGGAUGGGAAAGCACAAUGAGCCUCACAAGGUGAUGGCGAAGAACCAGCAGAAAGGGGGCGGUGGUCAUCCGCCACACUUCCAAAAUCAAGGAGCCCAGAAUCUCAUGGUACCCGUCAAAGGCCAGAAAUCUGUCAAGUUCAACUUACCGGAGGAGGAGGAUUUCGAUGCCAGUGACGACGAAGACCUCGACGAAUUUGACGACGACGACGAGGAGUUUGACGACUACGAGGAUGAGGAGGAAGACGACGAACAGGUCGGGCAUGCGCAUCCUCUGAUGCCAAACAAGGCCAACAUGAUGGGCGGAAUGGCCAUGGCGAACGGACGCGGGCCACAUGGGCCAGCCAUGAACUUUCAUAAAGCUAACGGUGGUGUGAAUGGCAAGAAAGGUAACGCAAUCGAUUUGGCCGUACAAAUGAAGGGCAAAGGUGGGAAUAAAAAUGGGAACGGAGGCGGGAAGAAGAAGAAUGAGGAACGGGGAGGAAUCAAAAAAGACAAAGGAGGAAAACGGAAAGCAGGCGGUGACAAGAAAAAUGGCAAAAACAGUGGCGGUUUCUUGGGUCGCUUGCUGGGGUUCGGGAAGAAAAGCAAGAAAGCAGACAGCCCCAAUUUCAAGAAAAACGGUGCUCCCAACAACAAAGCUAAUGGCAAGGAAGCAAAGAAAAGUGGAGCCAGAUUCGAGGGUCACAAAUUUAAAAAACUAGACGACGACGACGAUGAUGGUUUCCAGGAUUUUGAUAUUCCCAUGAAGCCAAAGCCUGGCAAUAAGGGAGUCAGGGGUAACGGAAAUGGGAUGCCAGGAAAGACGGGCCACAUGCCUCCUCCGACUGCUCAAAGGGGCCCAAUGGAUCAGAUGAGGAAUAUUCCGGUUCCGGCGGUCCAGGGUCUACCGGCGGCGGCCGGCAUGAACGGCGGCUUUUACCAGGGAAUGCAAAUGCAGCCUCCUCGUCCUCUUCCCUAUAACCCCCAACAGCAGCAAUACAUGGCUAUGAUGAUGAAUCAGCAGCAGGCGAAUAUGAACCAGAUGUAUCCAGGCAUGAUGUACGGGAGGCCGCAAGCGCCGAUGGGUUACAUGCCGCCGCCGCCCAUGCCGUCGCACCCAAUGGCGGAUCCGAUGACGCACGUUUUCAGCGACGAGAACACCGAGAGCUGCACGAUCAUGUGAAUGAUCGAGUCUGUGUUGAAUUUAAUUAAAUGUUUUUGUUUUUGUUUUUUUUUUCCUCAAGUGAUGAAAUUUUGUUUGUAGAAUUAGAAAUGUGCAAAUAUUUAGGAUAUUUAGCAAGAAGUAAUCUGAGCACAAGGCACGGUGUAUUGGUUGGGGUUGGAAACAUCAUUUAAUGGGAUUGCCCGGCAGAGUCACAACUGAACUCACAUGGCUUCCCUGAAAUUCUGAAA